GCAUCAUAAUUUAAGGGGUCACAUUUUUCCUCCGGGGGUCAUGCCUCUCACUGGCCUCGAAUCGAACAUUUAUGCUAGGCCAAAUGAACGCCAAACCCCAUGGUGAUAUUUUACAUUUUGUACAUCGAACUGCUGCCCGCAGAGUAUUGUCUUUACGGUAAGUCAUAGGGAGAACGCAGCGUUGUUCGUGCCAUACACUCUGGUAAAUAGCUUACGAAGAAGUUUCAACAUCUGUUUCCAUUGACGAUGGCUUUGAGGACACUCUGCGUUUUAUCACGUUUCCAACUAGCGUAUAUCAAGCCUCUGACAUCUGGAGUCCGCUUCAAAAGUGCCUGCCCGGUUCAGAUCAGUCAUCUGGACCACCUGGUUCUGACUGUGCGCAGUGUGCCCAAAACUAUUGAUUUUUACUCCUCAGUUUUGGGUAUGGAGGUUGUUACCUUUAAGGGAGACAGGAAGGCCUUGGGCUUUGGCCAGCAGAAGAUAAACCUGCACCAGUCUGGGAAAGAGUUUGAGCCCAAAGCCAAGAGCCCCACACCAGGCUCAGCUGAUUUGUGUCUAAUCACAAAUACUUCUCUCACCACUGUAGCUUCCCAUCUCAAGGACUGUGGAGUGGCCAUUGAAGAGGGGCCGGUUGAGAGAAGUGGAGCAGUGGGCCCAAUCACUUCCGUGUACUUCAGAGAUCCGGAUCAAAAUUUAAUUGAGGUGUCCAACUAUAAUCAGUAGACACAAGGGGGCAGUGUUGAACCUCUUUAAAGCCUUGCCUUUGCCAUUUGUCAGGAUUCUCAACCCCUGACAACUCUUGCUGGACAGCUCCAAAAAAUGUUUUAGGAUUUUGUUAAAACAUGCCGUUUAGAUCUGAAAAAAAUUGACACAGAAAGAACUUAGACUCCGGUAUUAGUUUACCUUCAACUUCCUUUUUUUGCAAAUACACUACCAACUAAAAGUGUAGUAGAUGCACUUACUCAUGUAUGGCCUUUUCUACAUCUACAUUUUCCUCUAUUUAAUGUGUCAGUCAGAUUUGUACAGAUUGUCAUUCAUGUGCAUCUGUUAAUGCAUCUUAACAUGGCAGUAAUAGAAGCAAAACCUGUGUGGAAAAGAUUAUCAUUAACACAGUCUACUGUAAGUAGACCCUACUUGAUUGCCAUAAGAACAAAUAGCCUAUGCUUUUGGGCCCAGGCAGCUAAACUGGCUGUUUCCCACUCACGCAAGCCUGGGCCUAAAACAGGCAGCGCUCUCACGCACACUGGCUGAUAGCAUCAGUAACUGGAGCCAGUGCCUAAUUAUUUUCUGCCCAGCUGUUGCUGUUUUUGGUGGAAAGUGCUUCGAGAUGUAUUUUCUUAGUCAUAAUUCUUGCCUACUCUGCAAAUACUGCUGCAUCCAAACUCAAUGGCCUCUGGUUUCUCCACUUUACUGUGUUCAUAUUUUUAAGCAACAGAGCUGUUUUUUAUAUUAAUGUUGAAAUGCUGCUGUGAUAUUCUAAUAAAUAUGACAAUGCAUUAAUUUA